GGUACACAAAAAAUCACUUGAUAUGAUAUUUGAUGCACAAAAAUGACAUGCAAAUUUCAAAAUUUUUCUUUAUAAUGUAAUUUCAGUUUAAAAAUCGAAGACUUUAACGUUUUGAAAAGCUAAGAUUUUGUAGUAAAAUAUGUCCGACAUAUCAACGUGGUAUAAGAACAUGCCAAGGUUUACAAAGUAUUGGCUAACUGGGACGGUCGCUUGUAGCCUUUUUGCGAGAUUUGGUUUAUUGCCUGCAAGUUAUCUGAUUUUGGAAUCAUCUCUUGUUUGUCAAAGUAAUCUCUUUUGCUUUUUUAUAUUGAUUAUCUUAUCUAAAUUAACUAAAUUUUUAGAAUUACAGCUUUGGCGUUUAGUAACCGCACUAUUUUUUUAUCCACUGUCACCAGCAACAGGUUUUCAUUUCAUGUUGAACUGUUACUUUCUUUAUAAUUAUUCCGUAAGACUAGAAAGCGAUCACUUUAAAAGUAUUCCAUCAGAUUAUUUGUUUUUACUUCUAUUUAACUGGGUGUGCUGCGCUUUAAGUGGCCUUUUUUUUCAUUUGUACAUACUCAUGGAUCCAAUGGUUUUAUCGGUGCUUUAUGUUUGGUGUCAGUUAAAUAAAGAUGUUAUUGUGCAAUUCUGGUUUGGAACCAAAUUUAAGGCAAUGUAUCUUCCUUGGGUACUUCUUAUGGUAAAUCUUAUAUUGUCCGGUGGAGGAUUCGACUCAUUUCUAGGCAUUAUGAUUGGACAUAUUUACUAUUUUCUAAAAUUUAAAUAUCCACAAGAUUUAGGAGGUCAGAGAUGGUUAGAAACACCAUCCAUAUUUAAAAAGUAUUUCCCAGAUAUUACCGGUGGUGUAUUUAGUUUCGGUUCUUCUCCAAUAAAUGUUCGAACAACACAGGUAUCUGGAACCUCAACAACGCGUUCGAAUUUAACAUUCAGAAAUGUUUGGGGAAGAGGCGGAAAUGUUUUAGGAAGAGAUUAAUAUUUUUUUUUAUGUUAGUUCUUAUAUUUGUUGUAUGAAUAUCUAAAAUAUAUGCCAAUUCGAUUUAAUUAUAAGAUUUAUGUUAAAUAAAUUAUCUUAAAAUUUAA